GCACUGUUAGCUGUAUAGCCCAGCAGUCACAGUUAGCUGUAUAGUCCAGCAGUCACAGUGAGCAGGGUUAGCUGUAUAGUCCAGCAGUCACAGUGAGCAGGGUUAGCUGUAUAGCCCAGCAGUCACAGUGAUCAGGGUUAGCUGUAUAGCCCAGCAGUCACAGUGAGCAGGGUUAGCUGUAUAGUCCAGCAGUCACAGUGAGCAGGGUUAGCUGUAUAGUCCAGCAGUCACAGUGAGCAGGGUUAGCUGUAUAGUCCAGCAGUCACAGUGAGCAGGGUUAGCUGUAUAGUCCAGCAGUCACAGUGAGCAGGGUUAGCUGUAUAGUCCAGCAGUCACAGUGAGCAGGGUUAGCUGUAUAGUCCAGCAGUCACAGUGAGCAGGGUUGGCUCUAGUAGCUCUAGUUGAGUUGCUGUAUUGUUGUUUCUAGCUGUGUUAAGUGUUGUGUUGAUGUGAAGAUUGACUUCCUCAUACAAACCAAGCACAGGAAUGAACUUCCUCAUACUGGUGAGGUGUGACUGCAACAAAACCCAGCGAGGAGAGAGAGGGACGGAGAGACUGAGAGAGACAGACUGAAUCUUGUAUUUGCUUACGAUUGUAAGUCGCCCUGGAUAAGGGCGUCUGCUAAGAAAUAAAUAAUAAUAAUAAUAAUAAUAAUCUUCAGAACCUGAAUAUGAGUAGUAGAAGGAUGAGACAUUAGUGAGGUGGGGCUGACUCAGAAGGCUACAGCACUCAGAGUAAAGCACAGGCUGAAGGGGAGAGGGUCUAUAACUCCCUGCCUGUCUCUCUCACACAGAAUUACUAUAGAGGUUACAGUGCUCAGGCUAUACAGAAUACACUGAACUUUCUCCUGUAUUCUUCGAGGGGUGAGGUGAAACUAGAAGGAGAUUGAGAGACUCAGCAUGCUACAGGCUGGCUAUAGCAACACUGAAGCUGUGGGGCUGGAAGGAAAGUCUGAGACAGCGUGAGACUCACUGAUCCCCUGACACACACCCUCAUUCACUCACACUCUCAGGAUGCUAAGACUGAAGCACUAUUGACUGAACCUCUUUGAACAGACCAGAGUUUAAGCAUUACAGACUGCAGCGAGGACGGAUUUGCUGAGCGAGUGAGGUGCGGAGACUGACCCUCUUUCUCACUCUCUCACCCCUCUCACUCUCCGUGCUACAGGACUACACUCAUGGCAGUGUCGGCGGGCGCAGUGGUCAGUGGAGUGUUGGGGGGAAUCCUCUUUCUGUUCCUGAUUGGAAUCGCAGUGUACUUCCUGUGGAAGAGGAAGUGCCUCUGGGGUGCGUAUGAGGACCUUGACGCCCCCAGCCCCGCCCCCAAACCCAGCUGCCAAUCACAACACCCCGGCCCCGCCUUCUCCGCUCAGCCAAACAAACACAGUGGGAUUCCCUUUGUGGUGCCGGCCCGGUUCUCAUUAAGCCCUCCGCCUGGUCUGGACAGCGGGAUUCUGAUCCAGGAUAAGAGUGAGCUGGGCUUGCGGAGGGACCAGGGAGCAUCCUUCAGGAGCAUGGCUGCCUUCCCGCUUGGCUCACUAGACUUGGAUCUCUACUGCCCCCCGCUGGAGGAGUGUGAGCAAGACAGGGAUUUUCCUGAGGGGAAUGUGGGAAGGCUGUGGUUUGCUCUGGAGUACCGGCGUUCCUUGGAGCAGCUGCAGGUGUCCCUGCUGAGAGCUGCAAACCUGCCCCCCCCCUGUGAGAGCAGCCCCACCCUCGUUAAACUGCACCUGCUCCCGGAUGAGAGGCGCCACCUGCAGGCCAGGGCGAAGCACAAGGGCUGCAGCCCCCACUUCAACCACAGCUUCUUCUUCCAGGUGUCCAGCAGGACUCUGUCCCAGCGCGUGCUGCGGUUCUCUGUCUUCAGUGUGGACAGACACAAGAAGCACCAGCUGGUCGGUCAGGUGACCCUCUCACUGAGUGAGCUGGCUCUGAGGGAGGGGGUGGGCAGGGUGCUGCUGUGGAGAGACCUGGAGGGAGCAGCCACUCAGGCAACUUCAGUGCUGGGAGACCUCCAAGUGUCUCUGAACUACAACCUGCCUCUACAGCGCCUCACGGUGGUGGUGCUGAGAGCAAGAGGACUGCGGGCAACAGACUGUCUGGUGCAGGUGUCCCUGCAGAAUCACACCCGGCUGGUGAAGAGCAAGCGGACGGGGGUGACGAGGGGGGAGCCUGACCCCAUCUUCAACGAGACCUUCAGCUUCAAACUGCCGGCCACAGAGCUGGACAGCGCCAGCAUAACACUGGAGCUGCAGCCCGCUGGAGAUCAAUCACGGACCCUGGGCAGUGUGGUGCUCGGCCCCUUCAUGUUUGCGCGAGGGAAGGAACUUGACCACUGGAAUGAGAUGGUCAGCAAGCCCAAGGAGAUGGUCAAGCAGUGGCACGCCCUGACCAACCCUACAGAGGUACAGAGCCCCUAUAACCCAGCAGAACCUGGGGCCACAGAGCUCUCAAAUAACACUGCAGAGGGGCCACAGAGACUAUUACAGUGAACUAUAGCUAUGGGACUCCCUCAAUAACACUGCAGAGGGGCCACACGACUUUGACUAUUACACUGGAGUCCCCAAGCUGAUGCAUUCCUGCAUUUAAUCCUCCACUAAGAUAGGGACACUUCCCCUGAGCAACAACCAUCUGAUGAAAAGCCUCUGUCUGCACUUAAUGUGUCAGAAAUGCACAAAAUUAAGCACCCAGACUUUGUUUAUUUUGCGUACCUCUCCAGUUGGUCUGUGUGAAAUGCAAUUAGCAGCUCUGAUGGCUUCCUGAGGGCUGCAGCAGUGCACAGCACACACACACACACACUGCUCUGCAAUAAAGACCUCUGCUCACGGACACACUGCAUGCUGUUCAAAUUAAAGACCUCUGAUCA